AUGGGGAUCUUCUUAAGUCGAGAACAGAUAUCCUAUAUUAUUGCAAUAGAUGAGAAGCCAUACACUGUACACCUUAAGCAAAGUUUGUUUUUAGCACAUAAUUUUAUGGUUUAUUUGUAUAAUCAAGGAUCUGUGAAUUCUCAUCCUUCAGAUAUUCAGGCUCAGUGCUACUACCAGGGGCAUAUUGAAGGACAUCCGAAUUCUGUUGUGACACUCAGCACGUGCUCUGGAUUGAGAGGAAUACUGCAAUUUGAAAAUGUUUCUUAUGGAAUCGAGCCUCUGGAAUCUGCAGUUGAAUUUCAACAUCUUCUUUAUAAAUUGAGUGGAAACAGUGAAUUUGAAGAUCUUACUGAAGAUAACCAAGGCAUAGAACAAAACCCAGUGGACUAUAACAUUUUUGUAAGUGAAAAGUCAGAAUCAGCUGUUCCAGAUUUAAUUCCUCUUUAUCUAGAAAUGUGUAUUGUGGUGGAUAAAGCUUUGUAUGAUUACUUGGGCUCUGAUAGCAUGAUAGUAACAAAUAAAGUCAUCGAAACUAUUGGCCUCGUAAAUUCGAUGUUUGCCCAAUUUAAAGUUACUGUUGUGCUGUCAUCGUUGGAGAUGUGGUCAGACAAAAAUAAGAUUUCCACAGUUGGUGAGGCAGAUGAAGUAUUGCGUAGAUUUUUAGAAUGGAAAAAGUUCUAUCUUACUCUGAGGCCUCAUGAUGUUGCAUAUUUAUUCAUCUAUAGAGAUCAUCCAGAUUAUGUGGGAGCCACAAUUCCUGGAAAGAUGUGUGUUAACCAUUAUUCUGCUGGAAUUGCUUUGUACCCCAAGGAGAUAACUUUGGAGGCAUUUUCCAUUAUUGUUACGCAGAUGCUCGGACUCAGUCUGGGAUUAUCAUAUGAUGACACAAAGAAAUGUCGCUGUUCCGGAGCCAUUUGUAUAAUGAAUCCAGAAGCUAUGCAAUCAAGUGGUGUGAAGACGUUUAGCAGUUGCAGUUUGAGUGACUUUGAAAAUUUCAUUUCAAAUAUGGGUGCCAAAUGUCUUCAGAAUAAGCCACAAAUGCGAAGAAGCAUGGUAGCAAUCUGUGGCAAUGGCAAAGUGGAGCUAGGUGAAGCGUGUGACUGUGGUACUGAGGAACAAUGUGGAGCUGCUCCCUGUUGUAAUUUUCGUACUUGUACGCUGAAACCAGGAUCACAGUGUGAUGCAGGAUUAUGCUGCAGGGACUGUCAAAUUGAAAGAGCAGGUGUUCAGUGUAGGGGAGCAAAACAUCAUGAAUGUGAUAUUGCUGAGUUUUGUGAUGGAAGCUCACCGCAGUGUCCAUAUGAUGUAACUAUACAGAAUGGACAUGUAUGUAAAGAAAAAUAUAUGUGUUAUGAUGGAGGCUGCCAGGAUCCAGAUGCACGUUGUGAGAUCACAUUUGGAAAAGGUUCAAAAAAUGCACCAUUUGCCUGCUAUGAAGAAGUACACUCUCAAGGUGAUAGGUUUGGGAACUGUGGUCAUAAAAGAGGCAGUUAUCAAUACUGUCUAUGGAGGAAUCUUCAAUGUGGAAGAUUAGUUUGUACUUAUCCUACUCGAAUUCCUUUUUACAGAGAAAAUGGUGCUGUGAUUUAUGCUUUUGUACGAAAUGAUUUAUGUGUAUCUGUAUUCUACAAAUCGGCUCAAUCACAAGAAGAUCCAAUGGUAGUCUUAAGUGGCUCUCCUUGUGAUAUAGGGAGGGUAUGUAUAAAUCGUGAAUGUGUAGAAUCAAGGAUCCUUAUGGAUUAUUCAAAGCUUUGUUCACAGCAGUGCAGAGGACAUGGAGUAAGUAAGCACAAAAUUUAUGUUUCCCCAAAUGACAUCUAUCUUGGACACUUUAUAGCAUCAUUUAAUUUACUCAACAUUUAUCAUGUUUCUUUUAUUUGA